CCCAACCAAGACAAGCUUAUCUGUGUUGUAUAUAAAUUAUUUGCGAGUAUUCUCGGUUCAUUUUUGCACAGUCAUUUUCAGACAAUCGGGUUUGUGUUUAAAUUUCUUAAUUUUUGGAAAAGAUAGGAAAAAACAACUUGUAAUAUUCAAAUAUAACUGCUUUGCGAGCGGUUUUGUGCAUAGUCAUUCGCUGUUGGUUCCGAUUAUUUGAUUUUAUUCUAAUUUUGAAGAUAUACAGAGUACAGAAGUGAAAAAACUAUGACUGAACAAAAUGGAUUUAGACCGUUUCCCAGGGGAUUCGCUACAGCGGCUAUCCACCACGAUCAGGAGCCAGAAAAAUGGGACUCAAUGGCUGUUGUAACGCCCAUUGUAACGUCUUCAACUUACAAGCAACACGGGCCUGCAAAUCCAAAACAAUACGAGUACAGUAGAUCGGGGAAUCCCACGCGAGACGUCCUUGAAAACGUUCUUGCCAAGCUGGACAACGGCAAGUACGGACUGGCAUUCGCGUCAGGGUUGGGUGCAGGCGUUACAGUGUUGGGGAUGCUAAAAUCCGGAGACCACAUCAUCAUGGGCGAUGACGUAUAUGGUGGUACCAGUAGGAUAUUCCACAAGAUGACUCAGUCAUAUGGUAUCGAGAUUUCGGUGUUUGAUUUUACCGAUUUAAGUAGUCUGAAGAGUGUCAUCAAACCCAACACAAAAUUGGUAUGGACUGAAAUGCCCACCAACCCAAUGAUGAGGGUGCUUGACAUUAAGGCUGUGGCAGAAAUCACUAAAGAACACAAUCUGAUCCUGGUAGUGGACAAUACCUUCCUUACAUCCUAUUUAAUGAGGCCUCUAGAUUUAGGCGCAGAUAUAGUUAGUUAUUCUCUUACAAAAUACAUGAACGGACACUCUGACGUAGUUAUGGGGGCUUUGGUCACUUCCAACGAAGAUUUAUACGAAAAAUUAAAGUAUUUACAAAAUGCCAUGGGAAUCAUACCCAGUCCGUUUGACUGCUACCAAGUCAACAGGGGACUCAAAACACUAGCCUUAAGGAUGCGACAGCACAGUAUAAACGGUCUGACCAUAGCAAAGUACUUAGAGAAGCACUCCAAAGUGGAGAAAGUACUUCAUCCAGGUCUAAAAUCGCAUCCACAACACGAUCUGUUCAAGAAGCAGGCUUCGGGGCAUAGUGGUACCUUUUCCUUCUACAUUAAAGGUGGUUCCACAGAGACCAAAACCUUUCUGAAUAAUCUAAAAAUAUUUACCACUGCCGAAAGUUUAGGAGGAUACGAAAGUCUCAUAGAAAUUCCUUCUAUAAUGACGCACGCGUCUGUUCCACCGGAACACAGGGUGGUUCUGGGAAUCACAGACAACUUGAUUAGGGUGUCUGUUGGUAUCGAAGACGUCGAAGAUCUGGUUGCGGAUUUGGAAUUGGGUUUCCAGAAAAUAUAAGCCGAUUUUUUUCUCGAAUAUUUUUUUUUUAAAAAAUCUACGCUACGCGAACCCUGAUAUGGUAUUUUUUUGGAAUUUUUUACAGUAUUUUUUUUGAAUUAAAAUAAAAACUAAUUUUAAUCGCAUUCCUAAACAUACUCAGGUCUUCCAAAACAGAGAAAAUAAAAAUAAAAUAAAACAUCGCAUAUUAUUUUUAUACGAAUUUAUUUUCAUUACAAAAAAAAACAUUGUGAUAAAAUAUCCAGUAAUUUGGUUGCUUUAAAAAACAAACAUUAAUUAAUUUAUAUUGUAUAAAAACUUUAAU